AUGAAUAGAAAAGAUAACCAUAGGUACUUACGUUUAAAAUACUACAUAACUAAGUUAACAAGUCAAUUCAAACUUUCAAAUAAAACAAAAUGAAACUUUUAUGGUCAUUGAUAUGUCUCUCAGGUUGCAUAAAACAAGCAUUAGCAAUUAGCGAAAAUUCAGAUAUUCGUAUAAUUGGGGGUAAUCAAGCACGAGCGGGUCAAUUUCCGUUUGCAGCUGCGAUAUUUACGAAAACUUUCAACAGUGUGGUGUUUUGUGAAGGAGUUCUUUUAAGCACGCGUUGGAUUCUAACAGCGGGACAUUGUGUGGAAAAUGGCACUGAAUUUAGUAUUGCUCUUGGGUCAAACUCCCUCUAUGACGAUGACCCAAACAGGAUAAAUGUCAGUACUACAAAUUAUUUUCUACAUCCUGAAUUCAACAGAACUAGUUUAGAUAAUAACAUCGCUUUGAUAAAGCUUCGUCAAAAUAUUAAGUUUAAUGAUUAUAUCGGGAAGAUUUAUUUACCUGUGAUGGUAUAUGGUUCAAAUGUGAGUGUCACUGCAAUUGGUUGGGGCCAAGUUAGUGACUACGAACCUGCUCCUGUUGGUCACUUGAAUUAUGUCAAUUUAGUUACCAUAUCUAACGAUUUAUGUAGAAUUUCUUUUGGUCAACACGUAACGGAAAAUGUGAUUUGCGUUUAUGGGGUUUAUAAUGAGGGUCCAUGCACGGGUGAUAGUGGAAGUCCACUAAUCUACUAUUUAAAUGGUCGGCAUCCAAUUGUUGUGGGAGUCUUUAGUUUCAUUAGCAGUCGAGGAUGUGAAAGUUUGGAUCCUUCAGGAUAUAUGAGAGUGUUUCCUUAUCUUAACUGGAUUUACAAUAUCACCGGGAAUUUAGACGAAUGAUGUGUAUUAUUGUAACGUGUACUGAAAAAUAAAUUAUAAAUGAUUAACCUACA